UGAUGGUACCGGUGGUUCUAAUGUUACUGGUGGGUCUAAUGUUACUGGUGGGUCUGACGGUACCGGUGGUUCUAAUGUUACUGGUGGGUCUAAUGUUACUGGUGGGUCUGACGGUACCGGUGGUUCUAAUGUUACUGGUGGGUCUGACGGUACUGGUGGGUCUGACGGUACCGGUGGUUCUAAUGUUACUGGUGGGUCUGACGGUACCGGUGGUUCUAAUGUUACUGGUGGGUCUGACGGUACCGGUGGUUCUAAUGUUACUGGUGGGUCUGACGGUACUGGUGGGUCUGACGGUACCGGUGGUUCUAAUGUUACUGGUGGGUCUAAUGUUACUGGUGGGUCUGACGGUACCGGUGGUUCUAAUGUUACUGGUGGGUCUGACGGUACCGGUGGUUCUAAUGUUACUGGUGGGUCUAAUGUUACUGGUGGGUCUAAUGUUACUGGUGGGUCUGACGGUACCGGUGGUUCUAAUGUUACUGGUCGUUGUACACAGUGGCGCAACUGGACCGGGUUCUGGCUCCUCGGAUUGUGCAACAAUUUUGCUUAUGUGGUGAUGCUGAGCGCCGCCCACGACAUCCUUCAGAAACAAGAGUCACAAAAUGCCACAGCAUCUACUUCAGCCACGUUGGCCGUGGAUUUCCAAGGUGGGAACAGUAGCAACAGCAGCCGCUAUGACUGCAAUCCUGUUUCUACUGCGGCCGUGCUGUUAGCUGACAUCCUCCCAACGCUCGUCAUCAAGCUGUCUGCUCCCUUUGUCAUUCACAAACUUCCUUAUGGUUUCCGAGUGUUGUUCUGCGCCGUCACGGCAGCCACAAGUUUCCUCGUCGUGUCCUUCUCCUCAGCGGUGUGGAUGAGCAUUCUGGGAGUGAUCUUUGCCAGUAUCAGCGCUGGACUGGGAGAACUGUCCUUCCUCUCUCUCACCGUCUACUUCAGCAGGGAUGUACUGGGAGGUUGGGGCUCAGGUACUGGUGCCGCUGGCGUUGCUGGAGCCCUCCUCUACUCCAUCCUCACCCAAGUCGGCCUGUCGCCACAGAUCACACUUCUCACCAUGCUGGUGGUCCCGUUUGCUAUGCUGAUUAGCUAUUUCUUCCUGCUGGUUCUUCCUCCUACAUUACCUCAGUGGAGAAGCAGGGUGACGGAAUACGCCGCGGUGGGCUCAGAGGAGAGACAGCGGCUGAUGGAUGGAUCAGAAGAAGAGGAGCAGGAGAAGUCAACCACAGAGGACCAGACCAGCGGACCGCUCACCUUCACAGACAAACUUCAUGUCAUCAAAGGCCUGCUGAGGUUCGUGUUUCCCCUGGGACUGGUCUACUUUGCCGAGUACUUCAUCAACCAGGGCUUGAUGGAGCUGCUGUAUUUCCCCCAGUUUUUCCUGUCCCAUGCAGAGCAGUAUCGCUGGUACCAGACGCUGUACCAGGUUGGUGUGUUGGUGUCUCGGUCCUCCCUGUGCUGUGUGAAGAUCAGGAGACUGUGGGCUCUCUCUUGGCUACAGGUGGUGAACGCCGUGCUGCUGCUUUUGGCGGUGCGUUACCAGUUCCUGCCCAGCGCCUGGCUGGUGUUUGCUUUCGUCCUCUACGAGGGUCUGUUGGGUGGAGCUGCGUAUGUCAACACCUUCUACUUCAUCAGCAAGGAGACUGAGGACAGAGAGAGGGAGUUCUCCAUGGCUGCUGCCAGUGUAGGAGACAGUUUGGGCAUAGCUGUGGCUGGACUCGCUGCCUUCCCCGUCCACAGAUACUUCUGUUCCCUGUGACCUCAGCCCACACACUGACCAGCACCACCAAUAAGCAAGACAUGGGUGCUUUCUAUUUGAGGGAUCUUAUUUUAAAUCUGAAAUGAGUUAAAGACACUCUGACCAAAGGAGACUUUACUCCUACGUAACAAUAUUGACUCCUCACACUGUAUUCAACGCAGAUUCCUAAUCAGAGAGGUGGACUCGCUCACUAACAACUAUCUUUUCCCCAGCUUACUGAACCUAAUAAUGUGUUUGGAGACCGACUGCACUAAGAGUCUGUUGCCUGCUGAGAAAAACUGAUUAUGCUGUCAUAAAAGUGCAGAAAAUGUCCAAAGCUUGUUGUGGAGACCAAUACGAGUUGUGCACUAACCUGGGUGACAAAUAGCAAUGCGUUUCCUGUUGCUGCUUAACAAGAAAGUCCUUCCUGUGGUUCAGUAGUGAAAAGCAUUUAAUAUGAAACAGCCAAGCAAGACAGGAAAUGUCCAGUUUACAUCUGCAACAGUCUUAGUUUGGCAAAAUGAAGAUA